AAACUAACAGCGAACUACAAACAAACUCUCAGUUGUGACUUUGCUCUCUUCCUCAUUGGUUUCAUCGACUGGGCCUUUUUGUGCGUCUUUUCCAAUCAUUCUUCUUCUGCUUCCUCACCCUCUCCUCCCACUCCUGCCCCCAGACCCAACACAACUCAUUUGUCGGUCUCCCCAAAUACAUAUCGUAAUAAGCUAUCUUUGUCUGUCUCCAACUUGAAUCACUGGUCUCUCUCUCUAAGCAAGGCAAAAGCAAAAGCAAAAGCAAGCAAUGGCUUCUUCACUAUCAACCACAGCUUCUGCUUCUAUGGUGACCAAAAGCGCCGCCAUUUUGCCUCACUACAACACUCACAGCUUAUCCACCCAGUCGUUUCGGCUCUCUCAGAAACCAAAGCUCCGAUUUCUUGCUAAGGGUUUGCAGCCUACUCGUAAUGGUACAUAUUUGGUGAAAGCUCAAUUGAAUGAGGUUGCUGUGGAUGGAUCCUCAAAUGCUGCAGCCUCAACUCUUGCCAAAUCUGAAGUACCAUUGCAGGAAGCGAAGGAUGCCAAGCCAUCAAAUGAACCUUCACCUCCCUCUUUGGCUACAGAGGAGUCAAUCUCUGAAUUUAUUUCCCAAGUUUCAAGUCUUGUGAAGCUUGUUGAUUCAAGAGAUAUUGUGGAACUGCAGUUGAAACAACUUGAUUGUGAACUUUUAAUCAGAAAAAAGGAGGCUUUGCCUUUGCCACCAUCCCAUUCUCCAGUUGUUAUGAUGCAUCCACCUCCACCUCCACCUCCACCAGUAAUGCCAGCAGCCACACCUGCAGCUUCUACUGCAGCUCCUGCCGCUGCUUCUAGUCCAUCACCUUCUGCCAUAUCACCAUCUCCUCCUUCCAAAUCAGUCAAGACCCUUCCACCACUCAAAUGCCCUAUGGCUGGCACAUUUUACAGAAGCCCUGCACCAGGUGAACCGUCAUUUGUAAAGGUUGGAGACAAAGUGCAGAAGGGGCAGGUUGUAUGCAUCAUUGAAGCCAUGAAAUUGAUGAACGAAAUAGAGGCAGAUCAAACGGGAACCAUAGUGGAGAUCCUUGCUGAAGAUGGCAAGCCAGUCAGUGUUGAUACACCUCUAUUGGUGAUUGAACCAUGAAGUACUAUUGUUGAGUAGGCAACUAAGAGAAACAAGUGCAACUUAGAAGGCAAGUGCAGCUGUUAGCAAUAUGAGUGCAAUUCUUGGUAAUGUGAGAUUCGGCAUUGUUAUUUUGUGCUAAUGUUUUGUUUGAAAUGAGCAGUUAGGUAGAGAUGAAAAUUACUUAUUCUUAUGUGAAUUAUUUGUUACUGAAUCUUUAUUGCUCCAACUGAGAAUAAUUUUAUCAUUCCAUAUUUGCAUA